GGUUGCUGACCGGCAAGAAAAGGUGUGUUAUUGAGUCAUGGGAAGGAAAAAAAGGGCAACGUCCCGCCAUGGUGCAGACGCUGAUGUCAUGGCGAGGCGCCUCAGGGACGAGCUCCAGACAGGAUGUUACCACUGGAUGGUAAGCACCGCUGGAUGUUUAUAGCAGUCCUGCUCUUUGGGUUAUACUUCCAGGACAGCAUAUCAGAAGACUGCAGAAAACCCCCCCAAAAGUUCCUGUUUGUCAGUCCCAAAACGAAAAAUGAUCUAUUCCCAAAUGAUGUUGUUGAGUUCAAUGCAAGUAAAUUAUGUUUCCAAAUGCUCCCAGAACGGAAUGCAGCUUGUUGUAAUACAGGAGCAUUCCUCUGCAACUUUACCAUAACAGGCGGACGAGAGAACUACACUCUGAUUCUGAAAAAAGAGAUUCUUUCCAACCAAGAUAUCGUUGUGAUAACAAUCGCGGAUCAUGGCUUUCCAUGUAAGCCAAUGAAGGACAACAACACAUAUUUAGACAUUCACAACUGCUUGAAAAGAGGGGUCAAAAAUAUUAAAUUGACCAAAGAAAACUUCUGUGAAAAUAUGGAAGGGUAUGAUGAAGAUGCUUGCAAAGGUUUAGCAGAAACACACUACAUUAUCGCAGUGGUUAAAAACAAAUUAUCCCAUUGUAGGUUAUGUAAAAGGCCAGACUUUAUCAAGCCAGAAACGUCUAUUACUCUAACUCCCUCUCCAAACAUCAGCACAGAAACUGCAGCAAAACUUAUGAAUAUCUCCCUCCUGGUGAAAAACAUGGGCAAUUCCAGCUCAGCAUCCAUCAAAAUGGGCAACAUUAGUGGAUUGAUCACCAGGCUACCAAAAACAAACCCAAUCAACAUCAACUUUGUCCUUUCAAAUAAUAGAGAUAUAAAUAUUCUUAAGAAUAACAAUGAUUCGGGGAAAGGCUACUCUCGCUCCAUUAAAAUCCCUGCAGAAGCAAGUGGCAUGGCAGCGAAAGGAGAGAAUCCCUUCGCUGCAGUUAUACUUUUCCCAGACAUGUUUCAGGACAAUCCCGACAGCACUUUUCUCAACAAUGAGGUCGUGGGAAUCGAGAUGGGAAAAGAAAUAUCCAAUCUCUCAGACAGAAUACUAAUUCGGUACAAAUGGAAUGAGACGAAAGGAAGAACUAUUUCUUGUGUAUCAUGGCAUGGAAAAGAUACUGAAGGAAAAAAAGCUAAAUGGAUCCAAGAUGGCUGUCACACAAAGGAGAACUAUGGCAGCAUCACGUGCGAGUGCACUCAUCUAACGUUUUUUGCAAUACUAAUGUCACCUCCAUCUGCAAACAUGAGCUCUUCAGAUGUCAAGUCUCUGACCACCAUCACAUCAAUCGGCUGUGGCCUGUCAAUAGCUUUCUUGACAGUCGCUCUCUUCAUGCAUUGUCUAAUCAGGAAAGGGAAAGCAAGCCAAGCAACUAAGAUUCUCAUAAACCUCUUUCUGGCUUUGAUCGGCCUGAACUUGUCCUUCCUGUUAAAUGAGAGCAUUGCAAACUUGGAAAACUUUGCCGCAUGCGUAACAGUCGCAGCAGUCAUGCACUACACUAUGUUGGCCACCUUCACCUGGUUUUUCAUGCAAGCUCUUCACCUGUACUUCAUUCUGUGGAAGCUCCCUAGUGAAGUCAAACAUUACAUCAGGAAGAUAUGCGCCGCGGGAUGGGUCACCCCGGCUGUAGUGGUGAUUGCUCUUGUCGCCUCAAGGCAAUACGGUUUCCUGGCCAUUACCACCGAUGAUGGGAAUUCAGCAAAGAUGUGCUGGAUCUCAAAUGCUGUGAUCCACCAGGUGGUGAACAUUGGGUACUACGCUGUAGUAUUCAUCUUUUCCUUUGUCAUGUUCAUCGUUACUCUGCGGCACAUUAUUCUUGCUAAACAGGCAGAAAAGAAACACAAGGACAGCAGCUCCAUCAGCACCAAUGUCUUCUCCAUUGUAGGCCUGUUCUUCCUGUUUGGCAUCACCUGGGGUUUUGCUUUCUUCAGCUACGGACCUAUGCUCACGGCCUCCUACUACAUCUUCACCAUCCUCAACUCCUUUCAAGGUUUCUUGCUUGCCAUCUACUAUUUCAAAACCAGUAAGAUUGUUGAAGACAGCAGUUUAACAGACACCAUGAGAAGCACAGCAACGUCAAACACAAUUGUUAAGCCUCCUCAUUGAAAACAUAUAUGCUUUCCAAAUGGGGACAGAAAGGGUUUUGGGCCUGAGGGUUUUUUGACACAAGAGGGCAGCAUUUUAUUUUGUAUAGUCAAGCAGAGCAUCUGUUGAAUGGGGUGCUGGUAAAUUGGCAUUUAAAAAAAAUCUCCCUGAUUUCCCAGUUAAUCUGGAUUACCUUCCUUUAAGAAAAUAAUUGAUGAGUCAAGCACCGUCACAGGACAUGGAGUAAUCUCCUGGAAAUCAUUUAGGUGGGUGAAUCAUAAGAAGCCCCUUCUUACUCACUAUGAAACAUGCAAUAAAGCUUGUGAUUCACUCAGAAUAUAUUUCCUAACUCAAAGAUUUAUACACUAGAAUGCAGGGUGCAAAUGUUUAAAACGAACUUUUAUGACUGAUUGGGUUUUCAUAUGGAGAAAAGAUGGGCAAAACGCUGAAAAAAGUGAAGCGGAAGUGAAGUGUUGCCUCUCACACUCAUAACAGUGAUGGGGGCCGAGUGAGCCUGCUAGCGCUUUGCGUGCCUACAGAUAAUUACCUAGUGCCUACAGAGAGCAGUAUCCACUGUGCGGGAGCCUCAACUGGCUAACAAGAAAUGAGCUCAUGGCUACCUAUAGUGAUAAGAGGCCUGAGGGCAGGCUACUAUGUUGAAACUGUUCCCUGAAAUAUGGGUGUAGUUAACUCGCAUUCAUACUAUUUUAAUAAGUUAUGUGUAUAUUGGGAAACUGCAUUUAUUUAAUGAACUACAGUGAUUGGGAAUUAUUUACUUUUUGUGUAAUUUUCUAUUGAUAUAUGUUUUGCCUAAAAAGGCCACUUGGUUGAGAUCCUUUAUAGUUCAUAGCCAUUCAAUCUGAAAAUAUUAACCAUGUUAUAUAAUGUAAUUCAAUAUAGAUAAUAAGAUUUCUCUUUUCUUUGCUAUUUCUUUUUCAAACUGUUCUUUUUGUUUUCAUUGAAUUAAUGAAAUGUGGCGUUUGCAGUCCUUCAGACAAAUAUUUAAAUGCUUAUGUGAAUGAAACGGACAUUGUGUGCAGAAAUAAAGGGAAAUAAAGUUGAAGUUAUUUUAAUGGGA